AGUAUUGAAAGUAUUAUAUCGAUAGAAAAGAUGAGCGCAUCAGGUAACUUCAAUACGCUGAGUUGUAUUCUGCUAGCGUUGUCAUGGCAAUUCACGCACUGUGCAGCUGGGUCAAAGGUCAAAGACAUCAGCACGACCGUCACGAGACAAAUUCGGUCUCUUGGGUUUCCCGAGGGAAGCGGGAUGGGAAUAUUCUUUGCGAUUGGUAUCCCGCUGGACAUCCCGAACCAGUCUGUUACAUUCUCGUUCUACUUUGAGGCAAAUUAUUUGCUACCCGAUCCUCCAAGUGUAGCUGAAACUGAAUCCGAGCAAACUUUUCACAGAAGAAGUAUAAACAGAAGUUUGGCAUACCAACUUAUCGAGAGCAAGCUGGACGGGGCUGGCUAUCCAGGAAGAUCUUGUCUCCUGAGGAGCAUUUGCGAAGCCAGGGUCAAUCCGGUUGGAAACAAUGGUUUACUCGGUGAUAUUAUUCAUAUACUAUUCACACCAUCGACAUCUGCGAAGGAGAAUCUCCCACCGGAAAUAAUCGAGGCUGAGAACAUGAACGAUUGCGUCAAUUUCCACAAGCGAUGCCCUAUAAGUUUGUUGGAUCUUAUCAGCGAAACACAACAAUGACAGAGCUGUACAGCGUAUCGUUUUCAAUAAAAA